UUGAACGGUUGUACUUGUCGAUCAAUAGCCAAAAACAAAAUUACAAACCAUAAUAAUAAAAGCGAAACAAGAAGAAGUGUGUCCACCGUACGAGUUGUAUUAUUAUUAUUGUCCCCGGCCACAUUUGUGUUGUGCCAUAUUCGUGUGCUCCAUUGUCUCUGGAAAAAGCUGAUCAGCAAAAACUGAGGCAAUUGCAACUGCAACAGCAACAAAAGCAGUAACAGCAGCAACAUUAACUGUGCAACGUGCUGCUUUUACCCGCCCGCUAUUUUGGCGGCCUCUUGGGCAACCGCCUCACAUACGACUUAACUGCUUUAUAGGCCAUGCAAAUUUGAGGCAAUCUCUGGUUUUGGUGUGGCACUCGAUUUUCCAUUUUUCCAACUAAAAAAUAGAAAAACAAACGAGUGCAACACAACGGCAGCAGCAAUUGCGAAUUGUCUGCGGCGGCGGUUGCUAAUAAAAACGGAUUGAUCGUAAUUGUUCCUUAAAGCGAAAUCUAACGAGUCGUUAAAUCGCACGCGGUUUUUGUUGCCUUGUCGAUCGGUUUCAAGUGCAUGAAAGUAGUAAGUGCGAGUGUUUAGCCAACAAACAACAAAUUUUGCAAAGGUCAAAAAGCAACAAGGCAUAAAUCAAACUAAAGUGGGAGUCGAGGAAAGGAAAAAGAAACAAAAAAAAAAAAUAUAUUUACCAACAGCAGCAGCAACAUGUUGCCGAGGAUAACUUUUGUGUUCAUCAUCAUUUGUGGAUAUUUAUUAUUUACUGAUUGCCGUGAAGCGGUUCGUUCCAAGCGGGCAAAGCGGCCUCGAGCUCCGGAACCGGUUAAUUUUGAGCCAGAACCGCAGCAGGAUUUGGAAAACGAUGAAAGUGGCAGCCAGGAGAAGGAUCUGCCAGAGAUACCGGAGAACUUUCUCAGUCCCUCUGUAAGGGAAUAUCUCGAGCUGGGCAAAUCAAUUCCAGGUCGUCCCGGCGUUGACUAUCCUAUUUUGUCGGCGGUGCCCUACACCAAUUUCUACUGUGACGAGCAGGAGUAUCCCGGAUUCUUUGCCGACAUGGAAACUAGGUGCCAAGGUUGGCACUACUGCGACAUCGAUGGACGCCAGGCCUCGUUCCUCUGCCCAAAUGGCACCCAGUUCUCACAGGCGGUCUUCGUCUGCGACUGGUGGUUCAAUGUGCGCUGCGAUCUCUCACCCCGGCUGUAUGCCAUUAACGCCCGGCUCUACCAGCGGCCCAAGGUGAACCCCACUCGGCCACAUCGCAUCAUCACCAAACAACUGGUCGAAGACAUCUUCACCUGAGCUCAGAGUGAUCUUCCUUUCAGUUUAGCCUAAGUUUGCCGAUGCCUAUUAGUUCUUAGAUUAGUUCUGAUACAUGUCGCUCUCAAUAAACUUGUAAUUUGAAGAGCGACAUAAAAAAAAAAUAUUAAACGGAAACUUUUUAAACAAAAAAAUAUUUUAAGAAAGUGCUAAUUUUUUAAAAGUAACAUAUAUUUAAACUUUGUUUAAAUGCCUUGCCUUGUACAGACUUUUCUCUCUUAAGACUUAAACGUUGUUUCAAUAGUUUUCCAAAAUAUAAUCCUGCAAUACACAUACAAAAGUUAAGCACGUAUCUUAAAAAAAAUUCUAGAUUUUU